AUGGCAGGUUCAACUGAAAGAAAGCUUGGCAAGUAUAACGAAACGUUGGGACUAUCAUUGAAACCAAUUUUAGUUCCAUCGUUAGUUGAAAAACAAGUGUGCUCCGUUGCAAAAUCCAAUUCUAAGUUUGAUCAUCCAAUUAGAAGUGCUUUGAGACACAUGUUGAACUCUGAGGAUGUGAGAAUUAUACCUAAGGAUCUUGAGAUAGUACGUGAUACAUGUGACAAGACAAAGAUAUUCAAAUCGCUUCGCAAACCCGGUUCUUUAUCUCAGUCUACAAGUCCGUUACAACUUUAA